AUGGUCGCCAAAAGAACUGCAAGCACUGUCUUCCUCGAAGCAGGCUCCGCCAAUCGCAAGGUCCAGCUCCAACCAGGCUCCCCCGUCAUGUCCACUUUGAAGGUCUCCAAUGUCGAGCAUAAUGGAGUUGUCCACUAGAGAUGCCUCUUGGUCACCGGAGAGUGCCCCUCCUUCGACGACUCGGGCGACGACUAUAUCAGCGUCCAAUGCACGGAUGCUUUCCGGAAUACCGCGUCUCAGAAUUGGCCAGUGGUUGAUAGCAACUGGAAGGCACUUGUACUUCUCGAGUCGGGACCAAAUGAUCUCCAAUUCGAGUUCCACCGUGCUGGUGGCGUCUCAGCCAGCGCUACUCUGAACGUCAUCUACCAGCCACUGCUUCAGAAUCCUCCGCUUCAUUUGGCUGUCUUGGUCGCCAAAGACUCUCCACUCCUGAUUGACUGCCCACCAUCCAAGUACGGUGCUGUCACUUCCGCGCACAGCAAUCUCGAUGCGGUCAUCGCGAAAUUUCGUACCGCCGCUCUCAUGUGGCAGGCUCUUACGGCUGAGGACAUGCGUAAGAAGACACUCGGGAGACGCAGCUUCCGCUUGGAAGAGGUACGACAUUGAUAUCGAGUCUCCUGGUCGAUAUGCUAAUCCUUCUGCAGGAGUGGUCCGUCGAUACGUUAUCACUCAAUGGAUCCCGAGGAACUGUGCCCGGUCAAGCUACGCCCAUGAAGAGUGUUCCCAAAAUUCAUAUUAUUCGUACUGAUCACACUGUCGCUGAGCUGCGGGACCCAAAGUACGCAUAGCAGAAUCCAAAUGCCUCCCAGGACCAAUGGCUUCACGAGAUGUUCACUCGUACUUUGAAGCAGCAUGGUGGUCCAUUCGACUCGAGCUGCCGGCCAAUUGUCGCUGGACUCAUCCUGGAUUCGCACUACUCUAUCGAGCAAGAUCUCAUCCUUGGCUAUGCGGCUCUUGGAUGCCACAAUUCAAAUGGCAUCUCGCUUGGUAUCUUUGGUAGUCAUCUGACAUAUUCUUGGCCGCGCUUCUUUGGAGAAAUCACGAAUUCCCUUUCUGAUGAGACCAUCCCAGGCGAUGCAGUCGGUAACGACAACAAUGAAUGCAACAGCCUCGCGCGAGCUUGCUACAUCGGACAAGGAGCCUUCCUCCAUAAGGUCGGUCACGCCUUUGGGGCAGACCAUACCACUGGGAUCAUGGCUCGCGGCUACAGCAAAUUCUGGGCUCACAACUUCCUUCCGCAUGCUGAGGGAGACGACCACGAUGCGAAGUGGGACUUGCAGGAUGCUCUUCGCUUCAGGUGCAAGUCGCACUUCCGACUGCCGGGCGAUGAGAAGAUCGGCGCGGAAUUUACACAUACUAAGCUUCGCAUCGAAGUCUUGCCGGAUGAUAAUAAGCAGGAUAUUACAGCUCUCAGAGUGACUUCUAGCGCUGGUCUGGCUCGCGUCACUAUCAACUCCAAGCCGUACGACCUGAUGUCUAGGGGCCGCUAUACGCAAUUCAACACGACCGAUUUUGCUUGCUAUAAUCGCACCAAGCCUCUGGAGGUCUCUGCUCUCGCUAUGAACGGCAAGACCAAACUUGUCAAAGAUGCAUGGAAGCUGUUUGCUAGUAGAGCGUGGAUCGACAUCCCUGGAAGUACUACCAAACUCCGCAAGCGCUCUAUCAAAGCCGCCUGUAUGGAAGGCGAUUCUUUCGAUGAAGAGAACUAUGUCCGCUGGACCGUCCUUCUGCGCAAGCGUGGUGCUAAAGGUACCCUCAUAAGGACCUCGGCUAUUGAUCUCCGCGUCGGCUGUACAUUUGAUAGAGUCUACGUCUACUACCCCGACGGCAGCCGUCAGAACUGUGGUCCAGCCGUUCGAAGCGACGGCUCGCCACAUACCUUUGGUGGCCAUGCUGCUCAAAAGCUCGACAUUCCCAAGAAAGCUCGAAUCACCAAAGUCGAACUCGGCGAGCGUGGAGGCUGGGGCGGGCUUGAUAGAAUCCGCAUGACGUUGAGCGAUGGACAGACAUGGGGCCAUGUGAACGCUAAUGACGACGACAAUGGCAAGAUCGAAAUUCUGGAGCCAGGAACUGAUGAGAAAAUUGUGGGAUUUUAUGGCACCAGCGGGAAGCAUAGCUUUGUGCAGGAAUUUGGGAUCAUUACUGCUCCGAGGGAUUUCAAGAUUCCGGAGGCGAUCUAUGAUAUGCCGGAGCUACAGAACACUGGAAAGCGCGUGGCAGAGAAUAAUGAUGGGGACAUGAGCGAUGAAGGAUCUGAGAGUCAGAGCACAGUCUCGUGA